GGAGCAGUGUGCGCAUGCCCAGAGCCGCGGAGGAGCGCAGCACAUGUACAGCUUGUACCGUGGAUCAAAUCACCGCGCACUGGUUCGUGUUUAAGCUGCUUUAAAACGGACCAAGCUCCGGGUGAAAGGAGACGUUUAUUCAGCGAAGAUGCCUGCUAUGACAAUUCAAUAAGACGAGAGAGGAGGACGGCGAGCAGGAAAGUGUCCGCCCCAGCAGCUCGUGGAAAAGGCGCGAAGGAGUCCUCAAGGUAAAAAAGCAGAGCAGGGCGAGGAGGAAGAGGAGGAAGGAAGGAAGGAAGGAAGGAAGGAAGAAGAGAGGAAGAGGCAAGAGAAAAGCGGAGGAUAAACGGUGGAUGGAGGCGGCUCGGACCGGGGCUACGGAGCGCUCUUCACUGACGAGGAAGGAGGAGAAGAAGAAGAACAGCAGCAGCAGCAGCAGCAGCAGGAGCAGCAGGGGGGAGAGGAGAUGGAGGCAAAAGGGAGAAACAUGCCCUCAGAUAUCAGCUUCCUUCCCCGCCCGGCCAUGGUGUGGUGGGAGCGAGGCAUUCAGGUGCUGCUGACCACCAUGGGAGCGUUCGCAGCUUUCGCCCUGAUGACCGUGGCCAUCGGUACGGACUACUGGCUGUACGCCCGGGCGUUCAUCUGCAACAGCACGGCCAACUCCUCCCAGGAGGACUCCAACAAUAAGGACAAGAAAGACCCCGGGGCCCUCACCCACUCUGGGCUCUGGAGGAUCUGCUGCCUGGAAGGUUUGAAGAGAGGUGUGUGUUCCCAGAUCAAUCAUUUCCCAGAUGACGCAGACUACGACCAAGAUGCCGCCGAGUAUCUGCUGCGUGUGGUGAGAGCUUCCAGCAUCUUCCCCAUCCUCAGCGCCAUAUUGCUUCUGCUGGGAGGAGUGUGCGUCGCUUCCAGCAGCUUCUACAAGAGCAAGAGGAACAUCAUUCUCGGUGGAGGGAUUCUCUUCGUGGCUGCAGGACUCAGCAACAUCAUCGGAGUGAUCGUGUACAUCUCUGCAGCCUUGAGCGACAUCUCCCCCAAGAAGGACGAGGACAAGAAGUGGCACUACUCCUACGGCUGGUCCUUCUACUUUGGCGGCCUGUCCUUCAUCCUGGCCGAGAUGGUUGGCGUCCUCGCCGUCAACAUCUACAUCGAGAAGAACAAGGAGCUGCGCUGCCGCUCCCGCACCGACCUCUUCAAGAGCACCACUCACGCCGUGCUGCGCCUGCCCAGCUACCGCUUCCGGCGGCGCUCGCGCUCCAGCUCGCGCUCCACCGACCCGCCGCGCUCGCAGGAGACCUCGCCCAUCGGAGUUUCCAAGACCUUCAGCCUGCCGCCGUCCGCGCCGCCUUUCUCCGUGGCCACGCUGCCCAACCCGCACCACACCAGCAGCGGCGGGAGCGGAGGGGGCGGAGACAUCUCCAUGUACACCCUGUCCAGGGACUCCAAGCUGGGCAGCCUGGGUGGUGGUGCCCCACCUCUGUACGGCACGGUGGACCGCGCCACGCUCUACCAGCUCCACAACUACUUCCCGAAAGAUUCCAGUGGCGGCAGCGGAGGAGGAGGAGGAGGAGGAGGAGGUGGAGGCGGCGGCGGCAGCGGAGGAGGAGCGGUGAUAAGCAGCGGUACGCUCCCAUCUCACUCCAAGUCCAACCUGGCGGCGGCAGCGGCGGCGGCUGUUUCCCAGAAUGCAGCGCCGCUCAAUACCUCCACGUCAGCCGCUGCCCCGUCCCAGUCGGCCCCCAUAUCUACAGCCACCAUGGAGAGAGACCGGGGCAACGUGGGAACCCUGGACCGGCUGACGGCCAAAAGGGACAGGGAUAGCAACUCAGAUACACUUAACAGGAAAACCACGCCAGUUUAAAACUAGACCUCAGAGGGCAGGAGGGUAAAGGGAGGGAGGAAGAGAAGGGCUGAAAAUGUGCGGGUGACAUUACAACGUGUCUGUCCUGGAGCCUGAGGUUCCACGCUGCCAUAAAUACUAGAAAUCAUAAGCAGUCAUAAGAGAAACCCUGACGUCCAACAUGCAACAAGUUCAUGACAACUGCCUUAAAUUCGGUCAUGACUUCGAAUGCAACGGCGCAACCGAGGAUUCGGGAGGUUUCGCUUUUCAUGCACAAGUAGUCUCAGAGAGCAGCCAAUUUCAGUUUCUCAAAAACAGACACAGGAAGCUUUAAUCUUGUGUGUUUUACGAGUGAUAAGACGACGAUAAGGCAUCUUUUCACACUGCAAAGCUCUUAAGUAAACCGUAAAAAACCAAAAUGGCUUUUUCAAAAGCAGGCGCCACACACGGGUACAUUCUGCCAAGUAUCGGGCUGCUCCGUGAUGAGUCGACUGACAAUUUAAGGUCGACGGUAGCUACUUAACCUCUGGUCCCAGGAGGGCGACCUCAGCCAUAUCUAACCUAUUACCACCACACACAGCACAGCACAGCACAGCACAGGAGGCUGCCACACUGUGAGCCUAUUUAUUUUUCAUUGUGUGUCAAAGGUAAUUACUGUGACAGAUGGGCAUUCACCACGGUCCUUGUGAAGGGAACAGCCAUUUGACUUCAAGUGUCAACCCCCCCACCCCCACCCCCACCCCCCAAAACGCCUCCAUUACACCACGGCCGGUUGCCACAUUCUGGUGAAAUAUCGCCACAUGAUUUCCAUCCGAGCAGAGUAAAUUCGACCGACUUUGAAUCUCUUUGUUGCUUCGCUAUGACCAAAUGGACGUAAAAUGCACAAAAAUAAUCAAGAUGCUAUAAUAAUUUGUGAUAUUAAGAGCAUUAAUUCACCCUACAUUGACAAAUUCAAUGAUUAUACAUCUUUAAAUCCUAGUUUUCUAAUAUAUCUUUCCAAAGUAUCUGCUUUUAGUUACACUGCAACCUCUAAAACAUCAAAAGUAAGAGCAGGAUUAUAGUUACUUUUCCUACAUGCAGAUCACAGGUGAAUUAUGGUAAUAAUCAGGAAAGUAGAAAAAGAACCAACUUCAAAGUCGACGAAAGUGCUUUUGCAGAUGGACUUUUUAUGUGUGAUAUGUAAUUCCUCAAAACUGAUAUCAGGGUGCAUAUGACUGCUUAUGAUGAUGGUGAUCAUUUGAUAUCAAAGGCUCCAAGGCAGCGUGCGUUGAGUGCUCCCACAAAGGGCUGCCAAAUAAAAGAAAGAAGGAAAAAAUAAGAAA